AUGCUCACUUUUGUUGAGAGCAUCGUGGCCCAUGGCUUGCAGCCGGGAGGUGGCGCCAACCACAGCAGUGGACGGAGAAGCGCGGCUUCAGGCGAGGAGAAGCACUGCGCCCGGACUGGGCUAACAGAUCUCACCGAGGCAGCAGCAGCGCUCGAAGAUCCCGAUGCCUCCAUUGAGGAGCUGCUCGGCCGCGCCACGGCGAUUAUGGAUAAAGCUGGUGGGCCAAAAUUGAAGGCUGCGCCGAGUGGCUCCAGGAAUGCCUCCCUUGCUCGGGAGAAGGUUGCCGAGGAGUUUAAGACCAUCCUCCAUGGCGCGGAUCGUUUGAUCGCCCACGCGGAUGGCUUCAUCCAGCAGCCCGCGGCUGAAGCCGGGGUUACCAGUGUGGUGGCUUUGAUAGAAGCUUUCAUGGACAGGGCCGGCCGUGGGGCGAAGGAUGAGCCCAUGUCCUGCUGCACCGGCGGCGGCGGGGUUCUCGAGAAGUUCCGGGCGGCCGGCUACGUGGCGCCUCCGGCAACAGUCAUCGCUCCCCCUUCAGCGGAAGCUGACGCCUCGCCAGAGCAAGGCGCUGACGGCUCUUAUCCUUGUGAGAAGUGCGAGCUGUCGUUUACGACGCCGGUGCAGUGGUACCUGCAUCGCGCGGCUGUUCACGGAGCGCGCUUGCCGCCGUCAGCCUUCCCGGCGGCGGCCACAUCUACGGAUGAGUUCCGCCAGGACUAUCGGGGCGCAGUGUUCCGGCUGUCGCGCGAGGGCUUCUACUACGAGCUCACCGCGGCAGCCGCCAAGAAGCUGGAAACAGUGAUCCCAGCCGAUGGUAGGAUCGCCCUCCUGCAGAAAGGGGACAGCCUUAUGCUCAAGGAUGGGACGAAGCUCCUUUACGAUGAGGCGGCUGGGAGCAGCGCCUCUACCCGCAAUGUGCGCAUGCGGGUUGCGCGCGAUGAGCAGGACCGGGUGCGGGAGGAUCGGGAGCGCUGGGAACGCGUUUCCAGAUGUUUCCAGAGGGACCUGCGGCAGAUCACUUUGCGCGGUCAUGGCGACCGCGCCCCUUCUCUCAGCCAGCCGGCACCUGUGGCUCGCAUCACAGCGUGA